GUGAUAGUCCAGAGGUCUCUCUCUGCCAAGAACCUCUCCCAUGCCAAAGGUGGAUCAGUGCUGGGAGGAUACCUGAAAAUCUUCCCUAUGUUUUUCAUUGUCAUGCCAGGAAUGAUCAGCAGAGCUCUUUACCCAGAUGAAGUGGGCUGCGUGGACCCAGACAUCUGUCAAAGGGUCUGUGGAGCUGCGGUGGGUUGUUCCAACAUUGCCUACCCCAAACUCGUGAUAGAACUAUUGCCUGAUGGGCUCCGGGGUUUGAUGAUUGCCGUGAUGAUGGCAGCCUUGAUGAGUUCCCUCACCUCCAUUUUCAACAGCAGCAGCACACUCUUCGUUAUAGACAUCUGGCAGCGGAUCCGCAGAAAAGCUUCGGAGCAGGAGCUGAUGAUUGUGGGCAGAGUCUUUAUCCUCAUCCUUGUAGUCAUCAGUAUUCUCUGGAUCCCGAUCAUUCAAUCAGCCAACAGCGGCAAGCUCUUUGACUACAUUCAGUCCAUAACCAGCUAUCUAGCCCCACCGAUCACAGCUCUCUUCAUCUUGGCAAUCUUCUGCAAGAGGAUUAAUGAGCCUGGUGCUUUCUGGGGCCUCAUGGUUGGGCUAGCUGUUGGUCUCGUUCGGAUGAUCCUCGAGUUUAUUUAUAGCACACCGUCUUGUGGUGAGGAGGACAGAAGACCAGCUGUGCUAAAGGACUUGCACUACCUCUACUUUGCCCUCAUCCUCUGUGUCCUCACUGCAAUUGUCAUUGUCCUUAUUAGUCUCUGCACCCCACCGAUCCCUGAAGAAAAGCUCGUUUGCCUGACGUGGUGGACAAGACACAGAAAAGCACCUACCAUUGACCUGAAAAAUUACAAGAGUCGUGCAGCACAGAUCAAUCCAGCCGACGGAGAGAGUGCCUUGGUCGAAAGUACAGAUUCAGCCAAGCCUCCCUGCUGGAAAAUGCUGUACCUAUGGUUCUGUGGUCUGUCCACCGGCCCCACGCCCACCCUGUCCCAGGAGGAGAGAGCUGCCCUGGAGCGGAGACUCACCAGCAUCGAGGAAAAGCCCCUGUGGAAGAUUGUUUGCAAUGUUAAUGCUAUUCUCCUGCUGACCGUUAAUGUCUUUCUGUGGGCAUAUUUCGGCUGA